GCUCCUGGGAACGUUCCGGAUGGUUCUGCAGGAGGUGGUGCAGGAGGGGCAGCUGGAGGUGACGGACACGCUCAUCGACGACAACAACUCGGCCACGCAGGCCUCCCUCUCCAUCGAGAUCCGUUACCAGGCCCUGGAGGGGCCGCUGGGAGCCUGGAACGACAAGGAAUUCCUGGAGACGCCCUCGGAGGGGGACGGGGGGGACCCCCUGGAGACCGACGGGCUCCUGGCCGGGCACCGGCGGGACCUGGAAGCUGCUCCCGGGAAAUCCCGGCAGCUCCCGGACAGGAGAUUCCGCAGGUACCGCCGGGGAGCUCGAGAGG